AUGGCCACCCGCGCGCUGCUGCACCUCGCCGCCCGUCGAACGAGCCCGGCGCUGCGUCGGCACCAGAGCACGGCGGCCGCGCGGAUCUCCGUCCUCGGGCAGUCGUACCCCACCGACGCGUACACGAACAUCACGCCCUCCAUCGUCGCCAAGUUCGCCCAGGCCCUGCACGCGCAGCCAGGCCACCCGCUCUGCACCCUCCGCACGCGCAUCGAGCACCACUUCGCCGACUACGCGCACCUCUCGCCCGCCUCGCCGCUCGUCACGCCCUACCAGAACUUCGACUCGCUCUCCUUCCCCGCCGACCACCCCGGCCGCUCCAAGACCGACUCGUACUAUGUCAACCGCGACCUCAUGCUCCGCACCCACACCUCCGCCCACGAGGUCGACACCUUCCGCAGCGGCGCCCCCCGCUGGCUCCUCACCGCCGACGUCUACCGCCGCGACGAGAUCGACGCGUCCCACUACCCCGUCUUCCACCAGAUGGAGGGCGCCAGCCUCUUCGGCGUCGACCCCGCCAGCGUCCGCGCCCUCGAGGACGACUGCGCGCGCAUGGAGCGCGCCCUCGCAGCCGCGAACAUCGCCAUCGAGGACGUGCCCCACGUCUCCGCCGCGAACCCCGCCCAGCCCGCGCACGACCCGCGCCGCGCCGCGCUCAUCGCGCGCCACCUCAAGCUCUCGCUCAACGGCCUCCUCUACGCGCUCUUCGCGGGCCUCGCCCGCGCCACCGCCGCCGACCCGCUCCGCGUGCGCUGGAUCGAGGCGUAUUUUCCGUUCACGACGCCCAGCUUCGAGGUCGAGGUCUUCUUCCGCGGCAAGUGGCUCGAGAUCCUCGGCUGCGGCGUCGUCCUCCAGUCCACGCUCGACCGCGCCCACGUCGCGGACAAGAUGGGCUGGGCGUUCGGCCUCGGCCUCGAGCGCAUCGCCAUGAUCCUCUGCUCCAUCCCCGACAUCCGCCUCUUCUGGUCGCGCGACCCACGCUUCCUCUCGCAGUUCACCCCGGGCGAGUUCGCCACCUUCCGCCCGUACUCGAAGUACCCCGCGAGCUACCGCGACGUCAGCUUCUGGCAGCCGCCCGGCGGUUUGCACGACAACGACGUGUACGACCUCAUCCGCGACGUCGUCGGCGACUUGGCGGAGGACGUCGCGAUCCUCGACAGGUUCGCGCAUCCAAAAACGAAGCGCGACAGCAUGACCUUCAGGGUGAACUACCGCUCGAUGGACAGGUCUCUGGUCAGCGAGGAGGUCAACGAGCUGCACCAGCAGGUGGAAUCACGCCUGAGAGAGCAGCUGGGAGUUGAGAUUCGUUGA